AUCAUAUUAUUACUAUUACACACACACACACACACACACACACUUCUCUCUCUACCUACCAUCUAUAAUCAAGAGGAAGAAGAAGGCAAAAUCCAUCAAAAAUCAACGGUCGAAACAGCGGCGGCGUCUGUAUGGAAGUUGGCCGGAACAUGGCAGGCAUGCUCGCGGAGGAGCACGACGACGGCCUGAACCUCAAAGAAACUGAGCUCUGCCUCGGCCUCCCCGGCGGCGGCGGAGGAGGUGAGAGUACUGCUACUGACCCCAUCAAGAUCACCGGGAAAAGAGGCUUCUCUGAGACCGUUGAUCUGAAACUCAAACUUCAUCAGUCCAAUGAACCAGCUGCUUUGGAUCUGAAGGAGAACAUCAAGAAUUCUUCUCACGAGAACCCUAUGCUCCCUCCCAAGGAUCCCAUCAAGCCACCUGCCAAGGCACAAGUGGUGGGAUGGCCACCGGUCCGGUCGUUCCGGAAGAACGCAAUGUCUCAUCAAAAGAGCGACAAAGAGGAGGCGGCAUGCAGUGGCGGUGCAGCCUUUGUGAAGGUGUCGAUGGAUGGGGCGCCCUAUCUCCGUAAAGUCGACUUGAAAAUGUACAAGAGCUAUCAAGAACUCUCCGAUGCCUUAGUCAAAAUGUUCAGUGCUUUCACGAUGGCCGGUAAUUAUGGGAGCCAAGGAAUGAUAGACUUCAUGAAUGAGGGGAAAUUGAUGGACUUAUUGAACAGUUCUGAGUAUGUGCCCACUUAUGAAGAUAAGGAUGGGGACUGGAUGCUCGUGGGGGAUGUACCAUGGGAGAUGUUCGUCGAUUCGUGCAAGCGCCUCCGAAUUAUGAAAGGAUCUGAAGCAAUUGGUCUUGCACCAAGAGCCAUGGAGAAAUGCAAGAGCAGAUGCUGAUGAAACCAUGCAACUUUCUUUGAUGGAGGAAUUGUUCUUUGCUAUGUGCCAGUACUACUUUUAUUUUUAUUUUUUUAUUUUUUAUCUUUAAUUUUUAUUUUUAUUUUUGGGGUUUUUCAAUGACGUGUCUGUAUCUUAUAAGUGUAGACGUAUGUAUAGAUAUGAGAGAUCUGUUUUGGACAAGUUGGUAUUAAUUUGGACAAGAAGCAGACGCACUCGUCUGUAAUUGUCUGGCUUGUUAUAUUUAAUUUUCAUGCACUAAUUUGUGUUGUUCUCUGUGCUGUAACAGUUGUGCUUUGUCUCCUCUUUUUUGCUUAUUUAAAUGCAAAAAUCCCUGUCUGUCUUUGCAA